AAAAGGAGAACAGGGGAAGUCCUCGAAACCGACAUAUAAAGAAACAAUGUGGAGAACGUCAUCUCUCAAACGUUGUUAGCAGCGAAGCCAAAGACUGAAGAAUCCCAUUCAUCCCCCCUCCCUCUCCUCUUCUCCUUUCAGUCUCUCUCGCUCUAACACAGGAGAAGAAGAACAUGGAUGGCGGCCGACGAGACCGAUAUCACAUCGGAGGACGACCAAAAGAUGUGACUAGCUGUAGCCAACCAGCACCACCCCCUCCUGUGCUUAGACACUGGCAAUGGUGGCUCAUGGUGGCCCUCAACAUCUUCUUCCUUCUUUCUGGCCAAACCGCUGCCUUGCUCCUAGGGAGGUUCUACUAUGAUAAAGGAGGCAACAGCAAGUGGAUGGCCACCCUUGUCCAAACUGCAGGCUUUCCCAUUCUCUUCCUCCCCCUACUCCUCUUUCCUUCAGGUCAAAGCCCUCCUGCCACCCGCCCCAUCCCUCGUCCCCCUCUUGCUAAGAUUUCUUCUAUUUAUGUUGCAUUAGGCAUCCUGAUAGCCGUUGACAACUUUAUGUACUCUUCUGGUCUCUUAUACCUCCCUGUCUCAACUUACUCCCUCAUUUGUGCUAGUCAACUUGCCUUCAACGCUGUCUUCUCCUACUUCCUCAAUUCGCAAAAGUUCACGCCUAUGAUUUUCAACUCUGUCAUCCUCCUCACUUUCUCUGCUGCCCUCCUUGGCGUCAGUGAGGACUCUGGGGACUCCACAGAUGUCUCCAAGGGGAAGUAUGCGCUCGGAUUCAUGUUGACAUUGGGAGCAUCGGCCAGCUACUCGCUCAUCCUCUCCCUGAUGCAGCUGACCUUCGAAAAGGUUAUUAAGAAGGAGACCUUCUCGGUCGUGUUGGAAAUGCAGAUAUGGACAUCUUUGGUGGCUUCUUGCGCUGCUGUCAUCGGAUUAUUUGCAAGCGGGGAGUUGAGGACUUUGAGAGGGGAGAUGGAAGGAUAUGGAACAGGAAGGGUUUCUUAUGUGUUGACUCUGGUCUGGACUGGUGUGUCUUGGCAGGUGGGUUCUGUUGGGGUGGUAGGACUAAUUUUUGUGGUAUCAUCACUUUUCUCCAAUGUGAUCAGCACUCUUGCUCUUCCUAUCGUGCCAAUCUUUGCUGUAAUUAUCUUUCAUGACAAGAUGGAUGGAGUGAAGGUUAUGUCCAUGCUGAUUGCUAUAUGGGGGUUCAUUUCUUACCUGUAUCAGCACUAUAUUGAUGACUCCAAAGCUAAGAAGGCUGUAAGGGAUGCCCAUGAGGAAUGUGGUCCAUCUGUCCCUUGAUGAGACUAGUCAGGUUUAAGCUAUAUUUUUGAAACUAUGGGGUUUCUACGGAAAAGGAGUAAGAGGGCAUUUAUUUAUUGAUUACCAUUUAAUAGCUGUUUAUUACUGCUUUUCAACUGUUCAAUCACAGAGUACUCUGCUGUGUAUAAUUGCUUUAUGUAUUGACUGCUUCACACCUAUGCUUCCUUCAUCAAAUAUAAUUUGUUCUCUUUGAUGGCA